AUGCGUCCGUUGCACCAGCGCUUCACCCUCUUCUCUGAACGCAAUGACACGUACAUAUUCGUGCCAGAGGGCGAGGGUCAGUCGCUGACUGUACAUCGUUCCAGUGGCGACAUUGUAUUAAAUCCACCUAAACACACCAUUCCUUACGCUCGACAACGGUCGGACAAAAUUAUCUAUGGGAUCCUCGGACUAAUAUCCUUAACUCUAACGGACUACAUAAUUGUAAUAACUGGAAGGACCCUCCAAGGCCGUCUCAUGGGUCAUGACAUAUACCGAGCUACAGAGUUCGACAUUCUCCCCCUCGCUCCGAUAUCCGCGUUCGUCCCCCCGCAUGCUGUCGAAUCCCACCUGUUGGCCCUGGUUCGCUCGCAUUUACAAGGAGGUAAUUUCUUGUUCUCUUACAACUGGGAUGUGACCCGCCGCCUGCAAGCGCAAUGGGAUUCUCGGGAGACAGAUGGUGGAAAGGCACUUUGGGAAGUGGUCGACGAUCGGUUCUUCUGGAACAGGUUCCUGCAAGCCAAAUUUAUUGAUGCUGCCACUGCAUCCGGCAACCCGGCAUUUGGGUCGUAUAUCCUGCCAAUCAUGUACGGAACCUUCGAAGUUCGCCCGACCUUCCUCCAUGGACGUCACAUGCAGCUGGCCCUCAUCAGUCGUCGUUCACGGUACCGUGCUGGGACGCGCUAUUUCCGUCGUGGGGUUGAUCACGAAGGGAAUGUUGCCAACUUCAACGAGACUGAACAGUUGUUGCUCGUUGAGGGACAGACAACACCAGGGUCUGUGCGUCCGACGGAAGACAACUUCGCCGUGAAGCUCAGCUUUGUUCAAAUACGUGGAAGCGUGCCUCUAUUCUGGUCCGAAGUCAACACUUUGAGGUACAAGCCCGAUUUGCAGAUUAUGGAUGUUCCAGAGACGACCACCGCAAUGGAGAGGCAUCUACUCACGCAAACCAAGACGUACGGUCCUCAGUCCCUCGUUAACCUCAUCAACCACAAGGGCCACGAGAAACCAGUGAAAGACGCGUACGAACGGUAUAUUGCAGAGCUUGAUCUUGCGGACGUCAAGUAUGAGUACUUCGACUUCCAUGGAGAGUGCAGGAAGAUGCGUUGGGAUCGCAUCAGCGUCCUCAUCGACAGGAUGAAGGACGACCUAGAACAAUACGGAUAUUUCCAAGUCAGUGCCGACGAGCCAGCUCCUAGAAAAGUGCAAAAGGGCAUUGUUCGAACGAACUGUAUGGACAACUUGGAUCGAACAAACGUCGUCCAGGCGGCGCUCGCGAAAUAUACCCUCAACCUGCAAUUGAGAGAGCUCGGUAUUUUGAAUGCCACCGACGGCGUUGAUGAUUUCGAGGCGUUCAGCAAGGAGUUCCGAGAGAUGUGGGCCGACCACGCUGACGCCAUUGCUCGGGCUUAUGGCGGAUCUGGUGCUCUGAAAUCCGACUUUACGCGAACCAACAAGCGAACACGGAAGGGUGCCCUCGAAGACGGGUACAAGUCGGUUAUGAGAUACCUCAAGAACAAUUUCUUCGAUGGUGCAAGACAGGAUGGCUUCGACUUGAUUACAGGAAACUGGGUCCCAAGAAAGAACCCCUCAGCAGCUUUGUUCUUGAUUGGUGACCCUCGUCCUCUGAUCACUCGCUCUAUGCCCGCCGUUGCAUCCUUCUCUCUCUUUAUGAUUUGCGCCGGCCUGACCCUUCCUCGAACCUCAGAUUAUUCGCUCUUCUAUUACUUCCUGCUGUGGUUCACGCUCUUUUCCAUCUCAAUGGUGUUCAUCAUCAUUCACGGUAUUGACUAUGUUGCGUGGCCCCGCCUCAAUCCACCCACAGAGAUCAUCUACUAUAACGGCCCUGGAUAUCGUUCGGGCCACAAUGGUAAGGGUCUGAAUGGAAAAGAAGAACCUAGCUGGAAGAAGAAGAAAUGGUUGACGAGUGGCAGCCGGCGUACAAAGUCUGGUGUGGAAGAGGUUGAGCUUGGAACAUUGAAGAAAAGGGUCGACUGA